AUGACAGAUAAUACAAAAUAUCUUUUAAAUGUAACAAAUGAAACUUUGACAACAUCUAGUAAUCGUUUAAUACCGAAUCCUUGUAUAAUGCUUGAAUUAAGUUCCAUUAAUCGUAAUCUAUCUAUAAAUGAUAUGCAACCAUUAAAACGACGUGUAACAACUCGUGUUAGAAUAUAUCAUUAUUGUGUCCUAUUUACAUCAGUUAUUGGAUUAAUUAGUAUAUCAAUAGCUUCAGUGAUAUUUUGUAUACAUACAGGUUAUUAUUUAAAUCAAUCAAAAUAUCAUAUGAACAAUACAUAUAUAUCAAAGAGUAAUAAUGGAUUUUUUAAUUAUUCCCAAUGGACAUCAUUGAGUAUAUUCUUAUUUGGAUUAUUAUUAUUAUGUAUUAGUUUUGCAUUGUGUUAUUUUUACAAUUCAAUAAUUAAUCAAUCUUCAAUCAAUAAGCAAGGUUGUUCACGAUUAAAUCAUAACAAUAGUAAUACACAAGUGCCUACAAUAAUUAAUAAUAAUAGUACCAUUAGUAGUAAUCAAUGUUUUAUAUCACCAUCAAUUAAUCAAACCUAAUACAGUGG